AAUAUUACUUUAAGUGUUGUCUUAAAUUGUGAUCACAUUUGUAGCAAAAGUGACGACAAAUAUUGUAAUUGUAUUUUAAGUAACGCUUAAAGCAAUCGAUGACCAAAACAAUGGCUUCUUUUCGUCACAUUUUGACCAGAUUUUCACGAAUAUCGCCGAUUGCCGGUCAUCGAAGUGACCGAGUUUUGUGUCGGUCAUACGUCAAGAGUCUAUAUGAGGACGCGUUUACAAUAGACAGCGCUUGGACUCCCGUGACGGCCGAUGUUUCCAAAUCAAUAAAUGGAUCCAUCUUCACGAACCAAAAUGUCGAGUUCGGGUCCAAACGUUUCUAUAGGGGACGAGUCAAAGGAGUGAUCUUUGAUUGGGGCGGAACUGUUGUCGACUGCGGUGUUUGUGCGCCAAUACUGACGUUUGUCGAGCUCUUCAAGAAUGAAGGCGUUGACAUCAAUGAAGACGAGGCCCGAACUAUUAGUGGUUCCAAUCGGAAAGCAAAUAUUGCACAGAUUUUAGACAGAGAAGCCGUACGGCAACGAUGGGUGACCGCCACUGGCAGAGAACCGACCAGUGAUGACGUACAGCGGAUGUACGAUAAUUUUAUACCUCAAGUAUUGUCGAGUCUCACGAAAUACAGUAAUGUUAUCGAAGGAGUGGCUGAAGUAGUUAAACAAUUAAAGAAACAACCAUUUAAUCUGAGAAUUGGAUCCACGACUGGUUAUCCUAAAGAAGUACUUAAAGUGUUAUUAAACGCCUCCAGUUCUCAGGGUUUUACUCCCGACGCUUCAGUCUGUUUGGGUGAAGUACCUGAAGCUAAUCCUUCGCCAUUUAUGCUCUGGUUAUGUGCUAUAAGACUCGGUCUUCAACCUAUUGAAUCCAUUGUCAAAGUCGAUGAUUCGGUCAAUGGUGUGGCAGAAGGUCUUCUAGCUGGCACAUGGACAGUGGCCAUUGCUAAAACAUCGUCUUAUGUUGGUUUAAAUGAACACCAAUUGGAUGAGCUUAGAGCACCGGAAUUGCGGGCACGACUACAACGAGCUUAUGAUGCUCUUAGCGGUAGUGGUGCUCAUUAUAUCAUAGACACUAUUAGCGAUUUACCGGCGGUUAUUGAUGAUAUUAACCGAAGACUAACCAAUGGAGAAAAACCAUAAAUUUAUUAUUUUUUUCAUUAUUGAAAUUGAAUUAUUAUUAUAGUAUUGUUUGAAUCUCUCGGAAUAAUAAUGAUCGCUAUUAUUGUAUGCCUUAAUAUGUAAACAAAAGUACCGGUAAUAGUAUUGUUGAAAUAUAUUUCCUUCGCUAAUGUUUUAGUCAUUUUCAAGAUUUCUCAUAUUUUCGAGUAUAUUAUGAUAACAAAAAGCAUUUCCUUAAUAUCGACAUAAAAAUCACAAACUAUUGUACUCACAAAUUGUACACCAAAUUAAAAAAAAAAAUGAUUACCACUAAUGACAUAAUUGUCAAUAUUAAUAAACUGGACAAUUUGAUAAAUGGUCAUUUUGGUUCAAUACCGCUAAUCUAUACAAACUGUUGACCACAUUAAUGGUUGUCAUUUUUUUUGUGGAUCGCUAUCAAGGAAAUCUCUUUACAUAAAGUUUAAAACAAUGGACAAUCAUUAGAUAUAGGAGUCAUAAAAUAGAUGAAACUUUACAUUUGGAGCUAAUUUUAAUAUAGAGUAUAUUUAUUGCAAUUAUUGCCAAAAAAGACAAUCUAAUCAUUGCACAAAUUUG